AUGCAAGAAACUUCUUUUCUGAAAAAAAAGAACCUGACAGGUCACCAUCCAAGAAAAUAUCAAGCAGAAUUGUUUGAGCCAUCCCCCUCGCUACCAUCAAUUGAAGAUUUUAAACUCAAAAACAUUUUGUCUAACCAAUUGAAAGAGGAGUCUCAAGAAGUGACAGAUGCAUUGUUAAAGGUUGUUUCGAAUUAUCAGGGAGAUUUAAGAAAAGGAAUUAAGCAUCAUUUGGCAAAUGAACAAAAGCUUCAAUCAAAGAACAUAAAGUUGGCGAAAUUGGCAACAAAAAUUAAUAAGUCUGUUUCAAGAAAUAAGAGAAAGUUAGAGAAGUUCGUGGGUCCAAAUAGUAAUAGCCGCUCUGUUGACGACCAAAUCCGCGAGUUAAGUAUAUCUUCAGUUGAGGCAUCUUCUAAGAUAAAACUUUUAACUAGGAAUCUCUCAAGCAUUGAGCGAACCCUAAUAAGCAAAGGGGUUCUGUCAUCAGUAAGCGAGUGGAAUGAUCGGUAUCCCUUGCUUUCUAAACUUCUCGACCGCUCAGGUCGUGAAACCUCCUUUUCCAUAGGAGCCACCAAAUACAACAAAAGUCGGAAACCUCAAGACAGAGUUGAAAAUAGGAAUAAUCAAACGAACUUACAAACGACCAAUGAAGCAAAAGAGGAGCGAAAAUUGGAUGUCCAGCCUGAUCUUAACGGCCAGCAGGUAAGCUGCUCCUCUGAUCAUCAGCAAUCCUCUCUUUCCCGAGAAUCAACCGCGUCAUCAGAGAAAUUAUCUGAUGGUACAGAAAUGAAUCCUGAAGCAUUCGAAGAGUUUAUGUCGUCUAGCAUUAAUAAGUUUAGAAGACUCAAAGAUCGCAAAUAUUCUAAUUCUAAUAUUUUUACAAACAGCGCAAAUGAUACUAAUUCCUCGAAGGAUAGCUCGAAGUCGUCCUACUCAUCCAAGAGCUUAGUUAGGCCGUUGGAUUUGCUUUAUCCUUCUCUGUUAGCUUUUGGAUCACAUUUAGAUCAUACAUUUCAGUCAAACGCCAAUAUUAAGUCUUCACCAACAGUCAAACUGUCUAAUCAGACCUCACACUUCAAAAAAUUAAGAAUCUUAGGUUUACCAAUUACGUCAGAGACGUAUGGCCAACAGAAAAAUAUCACUUCUUGUGAUUGUGCAAACCAAAAGAACCUGGAAGCUCAUGUUAAAGGGCCUUUAAAUGGACUUAAAGAGCUUAGUUUGAGUGAUGAAAACGAACGAGAAGACUCCUCUAGCCCUCUCGAUAUAGACUAUGAUUAUGAUUAUGAUUAUGAUGACGAUGAUGAUGAUGAUGACGAUGACGAUGAUAACGACGGCCAUAUUGAUUACAUUUUGGAAUCUUCUUCUUCAGAAGAUUCUCUGGAUAACAACUUGAAUGAAACAAACGCAGAGCAAUUUUUCAGAGCUGAGAUAGAAUUGAAAAAAAGAUUAAGAAAAGCCAUGCGACGAGGCAGAAAGAGAACUAGAAGAGAGUUCUACAGGCAAGAAACAUCGCCAACUCCAAAGCACCAACCAUCACAUCACACUUUGCAACCGAAACCCUCUAUACUUAAGGUCAAAACACUCCUGCUGAUAAAGAACGAAACCGUACAAAAAGGUCUGACAGGAACUCAGAAUCUGCUUAAAGCGCACUUUGUCAAGGAUUCGCCAAAUGAAGUGGCUCCACUUUUCAAUUUGACACCUCCCUUAGAGAAUGAGGUUUCUGUUAGCGGGCUCACUGUAAGCGGAACAAUUCUUGGAAACAAGGUACCAAAGGAUUCAGAUCUUGAAUCGUCAUCAAGCAUCGAUGCAAAUAAUGAAUUACCUCACGAUUCCAACAAUUUACAAUCCAUUUCACGUUUAAAAAGUUACCUACCGAAUGAUAGCUAG